AUGGAAGUGUGUCCUUACUGUAAGAAGCCAUUUAAACGAUUAAAAUCCCAUUUGCCGCACUGUAAGAUGAUAAAACUAGCUAUAUCUGCCGGUCAAGAUGUUUGUCAAUCUGAGCAGGCUACACUCCCACAUGCUAAGAAAAGGAAAAGUCCAAUCAAAGACUUCACUAAAGCUAAAGAGAGAGAGUUGGGGACAAAGAGUGAGAAAAAAAAUAGUAUGUUGAUGAAGAACAAAACGGAACAGACUGCUGAGCGCUUUCCACUUCCAGCUAUCCGUUUGGAAAGAACAGGUGAUACAAAGGCAAGUGAUGAUGACACCAAGAAUCAAAUUCAACUCUCCCUCAAAAUGGUGAAAAAUCCUGAACCAAAGAUUACUUUGAAGGAAGACGCUAAGGCUCAGUUUUAUGCAUUAAAGAACGCUUCUCCUAAAAGGGAGCUUGCGAAAGAUUUGCCUCAAUUAGGGGAAAGCAGAAGUUAUCCUUCACCAACGAAAGCAUCUGUACCUUUUGGCCCAGUGGAACCUUCUUUGUCAAAUCAAGAUAGAAAAUAUUCUCCAGCCUUACCUAAUGAUGCACAAGCCACUUCUACUAAGUCAAACUUGGACACAAUUGAUCCCUCAAAACAGAAGUUUGUAAUAAAAUUACAAGAUACGCCUACUGGUAAUAAUCAUAGUUCUCCCGUGAAUCUCAAUUAUGGAGAUAAAAGAGAAAGAACGUCGUAUUCGAGUGGUGAGCGAGAUUCCAAGACCAAGGACCGCCUCUCAGAACUGUACAUUGAUGUUAGAGACGCUGCGAAGGAGAAAAAGAACAUGGAAUCACAAAUUCUAGAUUUUCAAGUCAGCGCUUUAGAUAAAGUCCAAGUCAAGGAGAACCCAGGAAAAGGACUUGACCUUGGAGUAGAGGCAUGUGGGAGCAGAGGACACACAAAGGAAAGUGUCUCUGUGAUGGAAAUGCAGGAGUGCCCUUCCAGGAGCCACAGCUCUAAGCACCUCACUAUGGAUGCGCCAACCACAGAGAAGAAAUCUGGAGGGGAAGGUCCCCAUUUAGAUUUGUUCACGCCAACGCAGACGACGUGCAAUGAGUUAAUUUCUGUAUCAGAGCCAUGUAAUCAAAGUCUCGCCUCUCUGGCUAUAAAAUUUCUACCAGAAGAGAAAGCAGAAGCCUGCGAUCCUAAUCCAGCCCCUGAUGGCAAGGCAUUGAUGGGAAGUGAGGGGCAAGCCUUUCUGGAGCCCAGAUCUGGCUGUGGGCCCCCAGCCUUAUACCCAGAGUGCCAGCGGUCUUUACCUGCAACCCAGCAUUGGAUUUCUAAAACUCUCUUCACCGGGCAGGUGGCAAUUGCCGGACAGGUGGCAAUUGCCGACAGGAAGACCCUUCCUGGCUCCUUGGGGUUGGAGUGGUUUCCAGAACUCUAUUCCGGUUACCUUGGACUAGGCGUGUUGCCAGGAAAGCCUCAGUAUUGGAAUUCAAUGGCCCAGAAGCCUCAGCUUAUCAGUCCCCAGGGGGAAAGAGUGUCGCAAGUUCCUUUGUUGGAAAGAAGUUCGACUGCUCUGUGGAGUUGGGAACCCCCGGCCAGGCUUACCACCUCCAACGUCGCUCUAAUGCGGCUCUUGGGAGCUGUGCACAAAGGCUGGAUCAAGUGCAGCACCACCGUGAAGAGUGGAGUUGGUGGCGUCACAAUGCUCUUCACUGGAUACUUCCUUCUUUGUUGUACCUGGAGCUUCAAGCAUCUGAAGCUUGGCUGGCGGAAGCAACGCUGA